AUGCAUACUCCUGACCUCUUUAAUGUCAAUCCUGGUGGCCCAAUCAAUGUGAAUUUUACUUAUUUUGGCAAACCCUUUUUCUUUCUAUCUCUCUGUUCCUUCCUUUCUUUCUAUUUACCUUUCUCACGCUGUUUCCUUAUUUCUCUUUACCUUUCUCUAUCUGUUCCUUUCUUUCUCUUUGCCUUUUUCUUUGUUUCUUUUCCCUUUUUUCCCUUUGCCUUUCUCUCUCUGUUUCCUGCUUUCUUUUUACUUUUCUCCCUCUCCCUUUUUGUUUUCUUCAUUCUCUUUGUUUUUCUCAUUUUUUAUCUGUUUCACACUUUCUCUUUCUUUUUCUCUUUCUUUGUUUUCUUCUUUCUUUGCCUUUCUCCUCUCUUUCUUUCUUUCUUUCUUUCUUUUUCUUUCUUUUCUCCCUAUUUCCUUCUUUCUCUUUGCCUUUCUCUCUCCUUUUCUCUGUUUCCUUCUUUCACUUUCUUUUCCUCACUCUCUGAUCCUUCUCCCUAUUUGUAUUUCUCUCUCUAUCCUUAUUUCCUUCUUUCUCUUUGCCUUUCUCUCUUUGUUCUCUUCUUUCUCAUUAUCUUUCUCUCUCUGUUUCUUUCUCUUUGCCGCUUUCUUUUUUCUUUUUCUCUCUCUAUUUUCUAUUUCUCUUUGCCUACUCUCUGUCUCUCUCUUUCUCUUAUUUUGCUUGUUAUUCCUACUGCUUUCAUGUUUUCUUCUUUGAUUUUUCUCUCACCCUCUCUCUUUUUCCUAAGUUUCUUCCUCUCUCUCUCUCUCUCUCUCUCUCUCUCUCUCUCUCUCUCAGAUUUCUUUCUUUUUGGAUUGUCUUUGCCUUUUUCCUUUAUAUCUCUUCCUUUUUCUACCAUUCUCUCUUCUUUCUUUCUUUCUUUCUUUCUUUUCUUUCUUAACCUCUUCUUUUUUUUUUUACUUCUUUUUGUUGGCCAGACUUGCUUGUUUCCUUAG